AAUUGGCCGCCGUUUCUCGCCAGUUGGUUGACCGCAGCCAAGUCCGUAUUCAUACAUGGAUUUAUCAGCAGCUCUACGACCGUGUCGAAUGUGAAUUGGUCCGACCCCGUUGCCACCAUAAUUAGAAUCCAUCACACCGACGACAUGACCGAAGAAGAUUUGAUACCAGAUACCGGUGCCGUAUUUACUUAUGGAAAGAGUGAUUUCGCCGACAACAUUCCAAGUCACUUCUUCAUCAGGAACGAUCCCGUGGUCGAGAUCAGUUGUGGCGAUGGACACUCGGGAAUCGUUUGCCAGAACGGUCGAGUAUUUUGUUUUGGCAAAAACUUAUUUGGACAAUUGGGACUAGGUCACAAAGAAAACGUCUACAAACCCAACUGCGUGAAAAGUUUGAAGCCAGAAAAAAUAUUACACAUAGCGUGUGGUCGGUCGCACACUAUCGUAUCAACAGACAGCGACGUCGUCUAUGGAUUUGGCGAUAACAGCAACGGACAGCUCGGACAACCGACGACCACCGAAGGCAGCAGUUUUCCCAUUCGGAUUACAAAGUUCGACGAUAAAAUCAUUCAGAUUGCCGCCGGAUCACAUCACACGGCUGUCCUCGUCGAAAACGGAGACGUGUACGUUUGGGGGUCCAACGGCGAUAAACAAUUGGGCAUCGAACCUUCAAACGAAUCGUAUAGUGUGAGGUCACCGACUAUAGUUUCCAUUUUCCAGCCAGUCGUUUACAUAGCCUGUGGGGCCAACCACUCGGCGUUUGUCACAAAGACUGGAGAGAUGUUCACAAGCGGUAACCGGGAACACGGUAAACUCGGGCAUGAUUAUUUGUCGCUCCACCGGGUGGACACGACCGAAAAGAUUAUUCAAGUGGCUUGCGGUGCAAACCAUACGAUUGCGUUAAACGACUCCGGUAAAGUGUUUGUUUGUGGCAACAACGACUACGGUCAGAUCGGUCUAAAAGGAGUCACGUCUCAAGGGCAUCUUUACCCUUGCACAGUCACCAACGAACGGAUCGUCAGUGUCAAAUGCGGAGAAAACCACACGGCACUCAUAACAGCCGGCGGCAAGUUGUUCACGUGCGGAGAUGGCAAGUACGGUAAACUGUGCGUUGACAUAGGCCAAGUAACCAUUCCUGUGCUGGUCACGGAUUUCGUCGACAGACAAUUGAACGUACAAAUGGUAAGUUGUGGGGCUAAUCAUACGUUGGUAUAUGCCGAGCCGACCGAUGGCGAACGGCAUAUCGAAAGCAACACCGCUCAACAGGUGAAACCAACUAAUCACGAAACGUUACCUCCUCUGAAAGUACCAAAAAAAGCGGUCGAAGAGCGCAAAGAGCACACAGUACCAAAAACUUUAACGAACGGCAACGGCGACGAAGUCAAAUACAUUGUAAACGAAAGUAUAAAGGGUAAUAUUAGAAUACCUUCGCCAGAUCAACAAACUCGCACUGGCGUCAUUAUUAUUACAGCGAUUGAAGAUCAAAAUAAAAAUGUAAAUGACAAGUCCAGCAAAAAAGAAGACAAAGACAAUCACAUGCUGGACAAGUCGAAUGAAGAACGAACUGAUGAAAAAACGAAAAACAAAACGAAGUAUCCAAAAAAUGCGCGAAUUAAGUCUCGAUUAUGUACAAUAAUCUAGUCGGAGAUUGUUAAUUUAUAUUUGUUAUAAAUUGGUUUGUAAAAAGAAUGUCAACGGUUCGUCAUAUUACACGAUAAUCGUAUUUUGCAGAGUUGUGUGUAGAUAAUUAAAAUAUGUUUAUAUAAAAAUGUUAAACACUGCACACGAUGUAAUAUUUUUGGUA